AUGUAUGGUCUGCCCAAAGACCAUAAAGCAGGAGUGCCAUUGAGACCGGUAGUGUCAGCCUGCGAUAGUCCAGUCACCAAUGUCUCCAUCCUCCUAGAGCGAAUACUUAACCAGUGUCUCAAGUUCAUCCCAGCUCACCUCGAGAAUACAGUGGAAGCAUUGGACAGCAUACGCCAGCAUUACCCCGACCUUCAAGCUCCACCCGGAACCAUUGCAGUGACCAUGGAUGUGGUUGCCCUCUAUCCUAGUAUCCCCAUCGUGGACGGUAUUGAGGCAGUUACCAGAGUUCUGCAGCAGCAUGUCAGUGAUAUCGACACGUUUGGCCUGAGUAUUCUACAGAUCAAGGAGCUGCUGUCAUUCGUCCUGAGAUCCAAUUAUUUCCGUUUCGGCUCCAUGACCUACCAUCAGAGAGAGGGCGUAGCCAUGGGUAAUAAUCUGGCACCCCCCUUCGCCAUUAUAUUUAUGUACGACCUCGAAAGGUCACUGUUGCAGUCUGCGCCCGGCGCUCCUGUAUUGUUCAAGAGAUACAUCGACGACAUCAUCAUGCUGUGGGUAUUAGGAUCGGCGCUCCUCUGUCGUUUUAUUCAACACUUCAACGAUGGUAACCCACUGAUCAAAUUUACCCACCAGUCCACAGAAGAAACGGGCUCCAUUGACUUCAUGGACACCACAAUCCAUGUGUCAACAACUGGAGCCAUUUCAUACGAGCUCUUCCGCAAACCAUGUCACAGUGGCUUGGUGGCUGACUACAAAUCCGCCGUUCCAUAUCAACAAAAGUUCUCAAUUGCCUCUUCCGAAUUCCUCCGUGCCUCUCGACUAUCAUCGGAUAAUGAGACGUGCCGGAGGAGUGAAAAGAAGGUCAUCGACGUGCUGAAAUUCAACAAUUUCCCCCAAUCAGUGAUUGACAAGGCCCGGGAACGAGCUGGACGACCGACAGGACCCAAACAGAAAAAGGACUUUCGCACAACACUCAAGCUGCCAUUCAAAACCGAUCACAUCCACAAGAAGGUGCAGUAUCUCAUUCGCAAAUAUCAGCUGAACACCCACAUCAUAUACAAGAAUGCUCGGCUCAGCUCGCGGGUUUGCAGGUCUGCUUUGGACAAGCCCCUAUGCCGCAAAUUCGUUGAUCCACAGCAGCCAAGGAGAAGGGGAAGACCGAAAUCAGCUUGCGUGGCAUGUACAGCAGGGGCAGUGGACUGCACCCGCCGAAACGUGGUAUACCACCUCGAGUGCCGUUGCGGUGAUGACUAUGUGGGUGAAACUGGCCGAAGCGUUGCGACAAGGUCAAGGGAGCACAACGAUAAUGCACGCAACGAGGUCCGAGGGAAGGCGCUGGGUGAGCAUUACCGGAUCUUCCAUGCCGAUGAGCCAUUGUCGCUGGGGCAGACCGGAUUCGCCAACGUCUGUGUGCUUGCGACAGAGCCAGACAGGGCAAGGAGAAGGAUUCGGGAAGCGGUCAAGAUCCGGGACAUGGAGCCUAAUAUCAACACCAGCAGUGGUUGGGAUCUCCUGUGA